ACUAUUUGUGUUGAAAUGAUGUAUCACUUUCGUUUUCUACACCAAACAAGGACAAUGCACGUCAUCCGACGAUAAAUGGUUCAAAGGUUAUCUCUAAUGUAAGAAAAAUCUAAAUGUAAAUGCAAUUAGAACAUCAGAGAAGGUAAUAUUGACACACAUAAACCACUUUCACCACUUCCAAUUUAAGGGUAACAUAUUAUGGGCAUAUAAGACGGGCUCAUGGAAUUUACCUGUCUAACAGGCAACAUGUGGUCAUUUUAUCAGUUACAAAAGUUCUGUUAGAAUUUUUUCAAGGAUCUUAGCUGGAGCUAUGAGAAUGCUGCAAUAAUGCAAUGUGAAAUUUUGAAAGAUUUACAAUCGACGUUGUACUACAUUGUUAAUUAUGAAUAUAAUGAUUUAUAACUAUAAUCGUUACAGCCUAUAGGUACACCCCAUGAAGGAGGUAUUACUACUUUUAGCUUGCGCUUCUCUCGCAACAGGCUAUCGAGAACACCUCAACCAAUUUCUCUAUGACUUUGAAGAGCUUGCCAAGGACAAAGUCUAUUUGGAACAUGUCACUAACUUCACAGUUGUAUCUGCAAUGAAAAUAUAUGUGAGGAUUGAGCUUCAAAACAAAGUUUUCCACGCUUCAUUGCAGCCUCACACAAGCCUGUUCCAUCCCGACUUGGUAAUCAAACACAAGUUUAAAGGUGGUGAAAAGGUCAGCUCUAUUAAUGUAGAAGAGUACCUGGAAGGGUCCCUGGUAGAUGAUCCUAGCAGCAGAGUCCUUAUCCACAUAAAAGAUAAUAUCAUCCAUGGAAGUGUUCAAGUUUCUGAUCAUGAGAAAUACUUCAUCGAGCCAUCUGAUAAACACAUCAAAGAGCCUCAUGAUUUCACAUGAUUGCAUACAAACUCUCUGAUGUCAAAUUCAAUCUGACUAAGCCUGAGGAUGGAGGUCAUUUUUGUGGGCAUGAGUCUCAUGCAGGCCAAACUGGUUUUUCUGACAAAGACUUUGAAUUCAUGAUACCAAAAACACCAGUGAACGUGGAGGAGGGAUUUGAAUACUCGAGAAAGAAACGGGACUCAGAAAAGAAGAAACGCUGUCCCCUAGCUCUCAUCGCUGAUUACAAAUUCUUCGAGUUGCAUGGGAUGAAUGAAGGUACUACAAUCAACUACAUGAUUAACCUUGUACAGCAAGUUGAUGGGCUUUACCAAAGACAGACGCUAGACCCCGACAACAGUGCAGAUUACAAAGACUACGGCUUCACAGUCAAGUAUGUCGAAGUAAUAAUGGAUGACGAGGAAACAGACACAACUUCCUACAAAUAUGUCGAUAACGGUCGAGCAUCAGUCUCCAUCCUACUCAAGAACUUUGCUUUUGAGGAAUGGCGGCCGGAUUAUUGCUUAGCUCAUCUUUUUACGAACUAUGAUUUCUCUGGUGGAGUGCUGGGAUUGGCUUACGUUGGGACCCCCUCUGGUAAUCGUGUUGGAGGUGUUUGUACACAGACAUACAGAGAUCCAAGGUCGGGUAGAACAAAGUAUUUGAAUGUUGGUUUGUCGACUGCUAACAAUUAUGGCAGAACUGUUCUCUCGUCCGAACUUCUCUUUGUCACAGGCCACGAAUUUGGGCACAACUGGGGCAGUUCUCAUGACAGCGACAGCUCGCCGGAGUGCGCCCCAAGUGGUAACAGAUACAUGAUGUUCCCCGCUGCAGUUGACGGGUCUCAGGCUAACAACUAUUACUUUUCUCCUUGCAGUGUGCGAGCUAUUAAUGACGUACUCCGCGCUAAAGGGGACGACUGUUUCACUAAAGCAGUUGGAUCGGUAUGUGGUAAUGGAGCGGUGGAAGAGGGAGAGGAAUGCGACCAGGGUAACAAGGCGUCGGAUUGUUGUAAAAACUGUAAAUUCACCAGUGGAUCCGAGUGUGAGCCAAUCAACGACGGGUGCUGCGGAGAGGAGGGGACUGCAAAACACUGCAAAUACCAGCUCAACAAAGUGUGUCUAGAGACAGGGUGGAGCACUGAUAAGAACAUUCACUGCUACAAGGACUUCACCUGCAAAGUCAACUCAACUUCCACUAAUUGGGAGUGUAUGCCCGGAUCUGAGGUAUCAAAAGGGGACAUAUGUUUUGACAAUGGUCGAUGUAGAGAUGGUGACUGUCAAAAUCUGUGCGAAUACUACGGUAAAAUACCGUGUCUUUGUGCUGAAGAUGAUGUUUGUCAGCACUGUUGUAAAGACAAUGAAGAAGCUGAGUGCAAACCGUUCACAAACCCUGACACACAGGUAGUUGACAAUCUUGCUGAUGGUAAAAUCUGUGGUCUUGGAAACUGUAAUGCCGGUAUAUGCAUCAUUGGUGCUCAAGAUUUGCAGGAGAAGUUCUGGGAGGUGAUGGAUAGGCUAGACGCUAACAUGCUCGCUAGAUGGUUUAAAAAUAACAUCGUCUUCGUUAUUAUCGUCUUUACCAGCAUAUUUUGGAUUCCUAUCUCCUUAUUUGUGGACUGGCUUGACGAUAAACACGAUCUUGGAUUCUUGGACAAAGUCUUGGGUUCAAGUGGGGCAGAGAAAAAGGAGCCGAGAGGAACAAUGCUGCUACAGGAAAGAAAGUCCCUGUCAACUACAAAGUCGGGCAGUCCUCAGUAUCUGUACCCGAAACUUGACGAUACUGGAGUUUGAGAAGAUAUAUAUAUUUAGAGAUAUUAUCUUGUUUCUGUAGAGAUAUUAUCUUGUUUUUGUGCGUGUAAAUACCUAGAGAACUGUUUGAGUGUUAAACGUGAGAUCUGCUGUGGAUGAAGAGUGUAGUGUACAAGGAGUUGUUUAAUUAACAAUACACAUCCUAGCAGGGAUGUAUAACAUAUUUCCAUAGCGGGUGUUUUUAGUGUUUUACGUUUAUUAAAGUCGAUUUCGAAGUUCAAGGCGUAUUUUGAUCAGUACAAACAUUUAAUUCAAAGACAAUUGAAUAGUUGAUAGUUCCUAAAUAUCUUAACUAAUUUACUUGUAUGCAUAUUUGUGUGAUAUUGUAUGGUUGAUAUGUUUUUUUGUAUGGUUUAAUAUACUUUCUUUAUCAAAUUUAACUUUGGAUUUUUCUUUAUCAAAUGAUAUCGCUAAGAUUGAACAACUUUGGGCUAAUCAAUAGGUCGCAGUAUGGGUUCGCUUAUUAUAUAUAUCUAUACUAACAGUGCUUUAGAUUUUAUAACAGUAUUUUAUGUUUGGCAUUUCAGUUGAUUAGCCACUUUGUGUAUCGCCAUAGCACAGCAUCAUCGCAGUUUGCACCGUUACCGCUCAUCGCAAAUAACAUGCUUUCUUUAAAGAGUAUUGCUUGUUAAGUUUUUAUCAGGCACACCGCUUUUUACAGUCCUAUUAUAUAUGUGCAAGUGAAGUUUUAAAUAUUUGCAAACACGUACAUACACUAUUUUCGGACACAUUCGAGCAUCACUUCUUUACAAAAUCUUGACUUCUCAAAAUUGUGCCCAAAUAUUUAUCAAUUUAUUAUAAUACAUGCCUUAUGUAGGCACGCCUAAAGUUGAUAACCAAAUAUUUAAUUUAUAAAAGAGAUAAAAGGAGGAAAUUUUAAAAGUUUAAUAAGAUUUAGAUUCUUUUAGGCCAAUGAUCUGUGUUCAAAAUAUUUAUGAAUUAAUUCCAGAAUUCUAACCAGUCGCUCACUGAAUACUUGGUGUUAAUUAGUAUUUAGAUAGUGGAAGAAGUUUAAUUAACUUUAUUAUUUGUAUUUAUUUUAGAAGUCUUCAAGUAAUAA